GGAUGGUUGCUUUUUAUCUACAUUUCACAGACUUCAGGGAUUCAUAUCACCACCGCUCUUAAGAGUUCAUGAAUAAUUCUUUUGGAAAACAGCUUAAAAUGAAAUAUUGUGACAUAUUUCUCUUUCUUCUAUUAACGAUCAUAGAUGUCUCAACAAAUGCUCAAGAAGUUAUCUGUGAGGGUGAACAACUCAUCAACGUUGACAUUUUAUUUGGACAUCCAGGUAUCGUUUCACCUUAUAAACCUGGACAUAUUUUAGUUUUUCGAUGCACUGAUGUGAACCUGAAGAUGCAUGGACAACGAACAAUUGAAUGCCUGUCAAAUGGAAAAUGGGAUCACCCAUAUCCGAUAUGUGGAGAAGUAACAUGUCCACUAAACACAACAGAGAACAACAUCAAAAUGGAGCGAUUCCCUGAUCUUGAGGGUCCAGUCAAACCUGGAUAUAGUUUAACAUUUUCAUGCGAUGGACAAGGACUGAUUUUAAAAGGACAGAGAGAAAUCACCUGCCAGUCAAAUGGAGAAUGGAGCAACCCAUUCCCUAAAUGUUUAGGUAAUUGCAGAGAAGAAAUAACCUGUGAGCUUCAGACAACCACAUUUAGAGUAAUAAAGAUCAACCCAGAGGGAAAGACUAUUUUCAGAGCUGGAGAAAGUGUGGAAAUCACCUGCUCUAAAAAACGCCUUUGGUUUAAUAAAGAAACCAGCAAAACAUUUACAUGCCAAGAUAAUGGGGAGUGGGAUCAUAAGCCUGUUUGUGAAGGGAUUAGAUGUGAAGUUCCACAUGACCAGCAUGUGUCUCACCCAGACCAUUUAUUCAGAGGAGAUAUGAAACUGGGAGCAAAACAAAAUUAUUAUUGCGAGUCUGGGUAUGGGAAAACGGCAGAAGAAGCCACAUGUACACGAGACGGUUGGACACCAAAUCCACUGUGCGCUGUCUCAAGGAAAUGUGGACCACCACCACACGUGAACAAUGCAGAUACAGUAGAAAUGACAAAAAAGGAAUACAAUACAGGAGAGAGAGUUGAAUACAUGUGUUUUAAUAAAUACACAUUGGAUUCACAUCCCGCUUUCUCCAAAUACUUGACCUGUCAGCAAGGCGAAUGGAGAGGGAAUAUUAAGUGUUUAAUGCCCUGUUCAGUGACAGUGGGGGAUAUGGAUGAAAGAGGAAUUGAGUUGGCCUUCGCUGAUCAACAAAAGAUGUUCGCGCCACAUGAUGAUCACAUCACCUUUAAGUGUCAGAGGGGCAAAGUUUCAGUAGGUUUUGCCCUAAGACAAAAGUGUAAUGAUGGAGUGAUAACUUUGCCUGUUUGUGUGUGACAGUGGAAAUAAAACACUGACGAAGCAUCAGCUAUACUACUAGACAAAAACAAAUGGAGCAGAUCAAAAAAAAAAAAAAAAUCCCUAUUCAGUUUAUCUGUUUUGGACU